CGUCAAUUCACUGGUCGGUGGUCGGUGAACGUCAGGUAGAAAGAACAACAAACCAUCGGUUACUAUUCUGUCUACCUCCUAGCAGCAUGUCAACAUUUUCUGUCAUUCUCCAGAAUCGGUCUCAAGCUAAGCCCCGAACAAAGCGGGGGCCCCGUAAACAGCCCUGACUCCACCUUUAGUACGCCCCAUUCCAUGUCAUCAAUAUUUCCCACGUCUUAUUCGUGGUCUAGUUGCUCCUGUUCCUAUUCGUUUCCUUGAAGAAUAAUUAAAACUAGUACUUGCUGAUAGACGCAUAAGUCUACUUCCAUAUAAGCCUACCUGUCGUCGAGUAGGAUCAUCAUAAUAAGUACAUAUUAUUUUUCAUGCACGACAAGCACGGUUGUAGUAGAUGAACGAGAAGUAGAGCCGUCAUAGCUGCAUGUAGGUUUUUGGUAGGUCUUGGUAGAUAUUGUCAAGGAUGGGAACGACGUAGAGGAGAAUCUUCCACCUUGUUGAAGAAGAAACUUCUUCUAGAGGAAGACGAGGAAUAAGGGGGGAGAAGAAACGAAGCACAACAACGUCCGACAUUAAUUCGAAGGUGUACGAUGCGGAGGAGCAGAGGCUGUAAUUAUAUAUAAUUACUAGUGCAGUUGGACGAGUGAAUAGCUUUGCAUGGACAGUACUUGUGUUGAGUGAUAUUCGAUUUACUGCUCGCUGUUGCAGUGAUCAUUCUGGCCGUCGUGUCACAACACUGCUGCAAUCGCUCCUGCAGACGACAAGGCUCUUCGUCGCGUAGUUGUUAGGUGCUUUUUCGCGAGAACGGCUUGCAGCCUAGUAAAGAGCUGAAAUAUCAUUCAGAAGACAACUCCUAGAACAGGGAGAACUCCACGGAUUGGAUCUGUCUUCACCAGAAGACGUUAAAAGAGGUCGUUACUACGCAGAUCCAGAUCCUGGGAACAAAUAAUAAUAGAAAAAAAGUACUACAAGAGUAUGAGUAUCACCUCCACGACUAUCGACUACCACCACUAGUAUUACAGCCACGACAUCUUCAACGUCGGAGCCAAAAAGGACAAAAGUAUUACAUCAACUACGACAAUCACAUCAAUCAACGUCUGAGCCGGCAAGAGCAAAGGAGUCGGGAGCAAAUGUCGGGUGCAUAUGAGGUUCUCGGAUACAAUGGAGAAGGCAGGAAUCUGCGGAUUCCGGUUACAGACCAUGGCCUUAAGGAAUUUGGAUUAUAUUGUUGUAAAGACAUCUUUAUCUAGCUAGUACAUCGAUCUUGUCAAAAAUUUAUGUACUAGAAGAUGAUCAAAAACAUUGAUGAUAGAUAGGAUUUGUUUUCUUCAAGGGGAAUAUGGAUUGUUCGUACUAUCUUGUUCCUCCAUCUUGUUUUGUGGCUCUUCAACACGAUGAAUCUAUGACCCAUCUAAUGUCCCUACACCGAUAUACUUUGGUCCGCACGACAGGUUAAGCAAAACACACCACGGAGCAUUUCGGAAGUAUGCUCACAAUGAAGGACACGAGCACACGGGCGUCACGGAUAUACAGGUACUUUUCUCGCUGUCCUGUUGGUUUUUGGUGAGCGUGGUGUGGGGAUCAAGGAUUUUUUAUCCUACUACCUAACUCCCCGGGCCCGGGUGCCCCGGGAGACGUUAAGGAAGGGAAAGGGAUUCUUUAGGGACGUGGGCAGGGGUGAAUGGUUUCACAAGGUGAAACGGGCGCCCGAAGGGCGCGCACUCCCCUCCGCGCUGCGGCAAAGGGGAGCGGGGGCGCGCAGGCUUUAAAUACAAGAGGAAGGUGGCAGUACUGCCACCGAUUCCCCUUGAAAAUGUGGCAGCAUGCAAGGCCUUCAGUGUUUACUUGAAAGGCGUCUUCGGGGUCCUUUAGUGUUUACAUGAAAGGCGGGGGGCCCUCUAGUGUUUUUUUACAUUACAGGCGCCUUAGGGGUCCUCCGGUGUUCACAUUAAAGGGGAAGGGAGUCCUUUAGCAUUCACAUUAGUGGCAUCUUAAGGGUCCUCUAGUGUUCACGUUAGUGCUCGGGGGUUUUUCGUAGUAUAUAAAUAGUCGCUGUCGUGGCUGUCGUUGCUGUUGUUGUUGUUUGUUGCUGAUGUUUUUCUGCUGCUGUUUGUUGCUGAUGUUUUUCUGCUGCUGUUUUGUUGCUGCUGUUUUGUCGCUCUUGCUUUGCUGCUGCUGCUUUGUUGUUGUUGCUGCUGUUGUUUUGUUGCUGUCGUUGCUCGUGUUGUUGCUCUUGUUGUUGCUCGUGUUGUUGUUGCUGCUGCUGUUGUUGUUGUCCUUGCUGUCUUUGUUGUUUUUGCUGCUGCUGCUGCUGUCGUUGUUGUCCUUGCUGUUGUUCUUGCUGUUGUUCUUGCUGUUGUUCUUGCUGUUGUUCUUGCUGUUGUUCUUGCUGUUGUUCUUGCUGUUGUUCUUGCUGUUGUUCUUGCUGUUGUUCUUGCUGCUGUUCUUGCUGUUGUUCUUGCUGUUGUUCUUGCUGCUGUUGAUGUUCUUGCUCUUCCUCAAGGCUAUCUGCUGCCCACAUGAAAGGCCUUCGGUGUUUACUUUAAAGGCGUCUCAGGGGUCCUUUAGUGUUUACAUUAAGGGCGCCCUAGGGGUCCUUUGGUGUUUACAUUAAAGGCGCCUUAAGGGUCCUUUAGUGUUCACACUAAAGGGGAGGGGAGUCCUUUAGCGUUCACAUUAAAGGCGCCUUAGGGGUCCUUUAGUGUUCACAUUAAAGGCGAAGAGUGUUCGGGGAUUUUUAAUAGUAUUUAAAUAGAGUAUGUAGCACUAGGAGAUAGAGACUUUCGAGAUGUUAAGCCGAAAAUGUAUCCGAACGAUUUAUUGCGAUAUGUAGUACCGUUUGCGUUUGGUCGCUAAAUAACCUGCACACCAAUCUCAGGUCGGGAAGCUGCAUCCAUUACCGCACAGGCAAGUGGGCCACUUACCAAGGUUAAGGGUAGCUGAUUUUCAUUAUCCAACAAACAAAACAACUCCAGCAAGCUUUACACUCUUCUCGUUCUCCACUCGUCAUCUUAUUCCAGUCUUCAAUAGUACAUAGUGAAAUUCUAUUCUCAGCCUCGAAUGAUAAACAAAAUAUCCUCGCUCCAUGAUUCCUCUAGACUCGAGAGGUAAAGAAACUGUACUCCUUCCCCUACUCUCAAGAACAGAUAAAGAAGCUCUAUAUUCAAGCCGAACUCUCUACCCCAUGUUUCCACAGAUACACCCUCAACUUCUUCUAACAAUGAUAGAGCAGCCGAAAUAUGUCACUGGGGUCCCGAAAUAUCUAGGAUUCGUACCGAAAAAAGGCGCGUGUAACCAGUUUUCGACAAGAUGGCAGCAGGGACAAGAGAUAAGCUAUCAGAGAUUAGGUACUUCUAUGUCGGAAAAGUUCUCAGAGUAGAAACUCUAGGUAAUAGAUCUAUGUUGAUGUUUGUUCUAGUGUAGUUUUUGAUUUUCAUUUUUUCGCCCUGGCACGUGCAACAAAGACAUUUUUAUUGAUGAACUUAUAAUUGGUCAUGGUCUAAGACCUCGUGAGGGUGUGGGCUCAUCAACAUGAAAAAGCAAUCUCCCGCCCCAGCUCUAUCUCGUGAAAAAACUAUCCUCCUUACGCUUACCUCUACGUCAGGUAAGACUGCUCGUCCUCAUCGUCCAAAAAUCUACCAUCCUCCCUACUUCUACCUCAGGUAAAGCCGGCGCAUCGAAGUUAGAGAGGGCAGUGAGUAAUCCUGCGAUACUAGAGAAGAAAAAGAGUAUGAAAACGCUACAACGAGUGCCAGGGACUAUGAUUAUGGCUACCGCUGGAGCAUCCUCAGCAUCAUCCCUGGCGCUCUUUCGAUUUGAAAAGGGAGCCAAGGAUGCUCUCAGGGAUGCGACCGCGGUCGCUCUAAUAUGACGAACCAACCAGGUGUUUAUUCGGAAACGGUAGUGGGCAAGCCUUUUUACAAGGCCAAUCAAAGGGCGCAGGAGCUUAGAGAGGUAUUCACUUUAUCUUCCUCUUCUGGGAUGUAUGUAAAAGUGGAGGUUUUUUUUGAUCCUGAGUCCUCUACACCUGCUCCCUCUUUCUCACCAGGUAAACCCCUAUGGAACAGCCAAAUGGAUGCACCGAGACCCAAAGUAUACCUUAAAAUGGGUCCGCCUAGCUCCAGGAAGUGAUCUAAAGGCAGAUGCUAUGCCACAGUACACGGCAGAGGAAAAUAGGUACUUUUCGUGGUCAAGAAGGAGCUCAAAAUAUUGCUAUUGCUAUUCAACACAUCAACAUGAUAGAACAACAACUAAUUCAUUGUGAAUUCAAAAGACAACAAGAACAUCUACUUCAAAACAAAGAUACGCGACCCUUUGUGCAAUGGAGCAGGAGUUGCUGCCUGUGUCAUACACCCAACCGAUGUCAUGGGUGAAGCAUACUGGGGCUCUGAGUGAGGGUCUCAGCUACAAUCCCGGGAAUAUCAAGAAGCCACAUGUUAUGAUGAGGGAAAAUGAAACGUCCCUUCUAACUAUCCUCCCGUGCGUCUAUUCGUUCUUCCGUUCCCUAUCGCUGCUCUCCCUUCUAUCCUCCCUAUCUCUUCUUCAUACUCCUAGCGACCAUGAGAGCAGCUGGUUGCAGAAGCCAUUUUGGGACAGAACAACUAGAAGCGUUUAGGUGGCAGGGACACAUGUUGUUCGGGCGCGAUCCUGCGGCAAAAUAUGUGAGGAUGAUUGAACCUCACUAAUCUUCACCAUGUUGUGGAUGUGAGGAUGUUGAUUGAACAUAGCCAAGAAUCUUCACGGUGAGUUGUAUCAAAGAGUGAAGUAGACCUUAAUCUUCACAAGUAGAAGCGUGAUGACUUCAUUCUACAGACUUCCUACUUGUGUAUUUAGUUUUUUUAUCCAUGCUGUUGACACCAUCCUCCUGCUAGAGAGCUUUCUAUUAUUUGUUAGAAUCCAAAACCAAAUGCAAAUCCAUAUCCACUAUGACAAUGGCAAUGACAAUGACAAUGACUACAGUCUUAAUCUCAAUCAUCGAACCCAAGAAAUAUCAUAUCCAUCCAUGGUAUAUCCUUUUCUGAUUUUCGGCUUGCUAAUAUUGUUGGUUAUAAUGGUUACAUUGUUGCUAGAAAGACAUCAGACUCAAAGAUGAAGCGUUACAUCAAGUUUACCACGCACAUACGCAUACGAAGAACGAUGAAGCAAUGUGCUUAGUCGAACACACACGAAACACACACAAGAUAGAUGUUGACCACAUUCAGUUAUUGUAGUAAUUGUGAUUGUCAAACACACUGAUGGACGUUGCAUUUCUUCUCGUUUUGUACUUAUUUGACUACAGGUUGAAAAUGAAAUAUGUAGUACUGAUUGUAACUUUUGACUCAUAAAAGUUCCUAUUCAAAGUGAACCAUUGUAAUCUUGGAGCCAUUGAAUCUUGGAGCAAUUGAGUCAUGGAGCCAUUCUUGGCAGAAUUUCCACUUCUUGAACGGAGAUGAACCAACGUGAUCAUCUUGGCGAAGCAUUGCAACGAAAUUAAUAUUAGCGCCCUGUUGAAAUUGAAUACGAAUCUUUACAUGGGAGGCGAACAAGAAAUGAAUGGAAACCAAGACGAUGAACGCACUGAAAAUAUUUUUCUUGCACAACACAUCGAUCAUGGGGUCGAGGUGCAAGAAGUACACGCGACAAG